GGUAUUUUUUCCUCCUCCCCCUGGCGUCCGCCCACAGCCCUCCCUCCCUCGUGGUGCCGCCCUCCUCCCAAUUCCCAUUCCACCUCCUGCGCCCUCCCAUGGCGGCGGCGCCGGCCCUCCUCCCCGUCCUCCUCCCUCGUCCCCGCUCGGCAGCGGCGCAGGUACGCGCGCCCACACGCACUCCCUCCCUCCUCUGUUCCGCAACGCCGUCCCUUGGAAUUCCGCCGAUCUCUGACCGCUCCUGACCUCCCCUCGAGUCCCGCUCCAGUCGCCGACGUGCUGCGGUGGCGGCGGAGGAACGCCUCGGCGGCGGCCGUGGUGGGCGCCACGGCGGUCUGGUUCGUCUUCGAGCGCGCGGGCUACAGCCUCCCCUCGGUCCUGGCCAACGCCUUGCUCCUCCUCGUCGCCAUCCUCUUCUUCUGGGCCAAGUCCGCGUCGCUGCUCAACAGGCCUCUUCCACCUCUUCCUAAUCUAGAGGUUUCAGAUGUGGUUGUUGAGAAAGCUGCAGAUCGUGCUCUUGUAUGGAUCAAUAGAGUGCUUGCUGUUGGCCAUGAUAUUGCCAUCAAGAGAGAUAGGAAAACUUUUAUAAGGGUCUGUUGGCCAUGAUCGUGCUCUGUGGUAUGUUUGAAUUUGGACUGCAAACAUAUAUUGUGCUAUUGAACCUAGCUAGCUUAGUAGUAGCUGAUAGGUUGAAUGCAUGUUUAAGUAAUGAGAUGAGAUUACCUAAUAUAAUUCAGUUAAGCUAAUAACUGAAUCUGCUUGUUCUUGAGCAAAUGAGGUGUUCCACAAUCA